CCAUACGUCACAAGAACUGCUCUUUACACCUCCACGUGUGCUCACACCUCUUUUCUACACUUGCAUGUAACAAUGAUGAUAGUAGUGCUAAGCCCAAGACACAUACAUAUUCUUUUCCAUCUUAGCUGAAUUGAGCUAAUUCCUCUUUUUCCCUCUCAAACUGCUAUGGAUUUUCUGAAUUUCUUGCUGAAUUUGUUUGUCCCUCCAGCAAGUUUAAUCACAUUGGCUUUCUCAUGGCCAGCACUUUGUUUCCUCAAUGCUUGUGAAUGGCUCUUUAACUAUAAUUAUGGUGAAGAUAUGGAUAGUAAAGUUGUCAUCAUCACUGGAGCAUCUUCUGCCAUUGGAGAGGCAAGUUGCCAAAAUCAAAUUGCAUAUGAGUAUGCAAUAAGGAGAGCAAAUUUAAUGCUGGUGGCACGAAGAGAGCAUAGGCUAAUAGGAAUUGCUGAGAAUGCAAGGAGAAUGGGAGCAAGACAUGUUAUGAUUAUGGCAGCAGAUGUUGUCAAGGAAGAUGAUUGUAGAAGAUUUGUUAAUGAAACCAUAAAUGUCUUUGGUCGUGUAGAUCACCUUGUAAAUACAGUAAGUUUGGGACAUACAUUCUACUUUGAAGAAGUUACAGACACCUCAGUUUUCCCUGUUCUCUUGGAUAUUAAUUUUUGGGGGAAUGUUUAUCCAACUUUGGUGGCUCUUCCUUACCUUCACCAAAGCAAUGGCCGUGUUAUUAUCAAUGCAUCAGUUGAGAGUUGGUUACCUUUGCCAAGGAUGAGUUUGUUUGGUGCUGCAAAGGCAGCACUAGUAAACUUCUAUGAGACGCUGCGAUUUGAAUUGAAAGACGAGGUUGGAGUAACGAUAGCAACACACGGUUGGAUUGGAAGUGAAAUGACGAGAGGCAAGUUCAUGCUAGAGGAGGGGGCUGACAUGCAGUGGAAGGAAGAAAGAGAAAUGCAUGUGAGUGGUGAAGCAGUAGAAGAGUUUGCAAGGUUGAUUGUAAGUGGGGCAUGUAGAGGAGAUGCAUAUGUGAAGUUUCCUAGUUGGUAUGAUGUAUUCUUGCUGUAUAGGGUUUUUGCUCCAAAUGUUCUCAAUUGGGCAUUUAGGCUUCUUAUUUCCCCACAAGGGACAAGGAGAUUUUCUUCUUAUUUAGGGACAGGAAGAUCCCUUGACACCGUCACUGGUGGUAUGGGGAGACCUAUGUUGGAGGGAACUUCUCCUAGACAUCACACAGGGAUGGUACCACUUACAUUCUCAGGCCAAUUGAGUCACCAGAUGCAACAAAAGAUGGAUUGACUUGAAUGAAGACAUGUCUAUUUGUGCUAGAUACUUUGUUUUUUCACUUGUAUUAAGUAAUGUUGCAUUCUUGCUAGAGUCAUGCUUUGUGGACCUAUAAUGUCAUGUGGUUAGUUUCAUACUUGUGUUAAAAUUGAAAAUAAACUUGUACUGAAUACCAAAAAACUCUCUUUGUUUGAACCCCAUUUCCCUCAUUUUAAGAUGGGCAUUCUGAGAAUGGAUGAAUAACUUUUUGUUUG